GCUGCCUGCCUCUGCCUCGUCGCCCGGCGGGCUCCCUCCACCAGCAUCUACCUGGAGGCCAAGGGGACCAGUGUGUGCCAGGCGGCCGCCAUGGGUGGUGCCAUGGUCCUGCUGUAUGCCAGCCGGGCCUGCUACAACCUGGCCGCCCUGGCCUUGGCCCCCCAGAGCCGGCUGGACACCUUCGAUUACGACUGGUACAACGUAUCCGACCAGGCAGACCUGGUCAACGACCUGGGGAACAAAGGCUACCUGGUGUUCGGUCUCAUCCUCUUCGUGUGGGAGCUGCUGCCCACCACCCUGCUGGUGGGCUUCUUCCGGGUGCACCGGCCCCCACAGGACCUGAGCCCCAGCCGCAUCCUGAGCGGGCAGGUGUUUGGCUCCCGAUCCUACUUCUUCGACCGGGCCGGGCACUGUGAGGACGAGGGCUGCUCCUGGGAGCACAGCCGGGGCGAGAGCACCAGCAUGUCGGGCAGGUGUGGGGUCUGCCCAGAUGGACCAUGA